AUGACUUCCGUCCCCCUUCGUCAAACUCCAUGGUUCCAAAGCCAAAAAUGGUUCACCGACAUCCAUUUCGACAAAAAGAAGCUCCAAGAAAUAUCCAAAACACUUCCCCUCUACAAAGAUCUAAUAGAAAAAUUGGAAGCGGACGACACUGCACUAAUCAUCGAUGACGCCGACUGGGCUUUUUGUAUCAGAAGCAUCACCGGCUUGCAUUUGAGCAUUUGUGAUUUCGGGCGAACAGUUAUGGCCCCUUCCGUUUCGCGGGCGAUCAAGACACUUUUAGCGUAUAGAGCACUCGACAUCGCCUGUUACGUGCUGGAUCUUGCUCCCGAGAGGAAGUCACCUUUGCCUUCGGGGAAACCAAUUAACGACCAUGCCGCCCUUCAAAUUUCAAACUGGGCUCACGACAUUCUAGAAAUGGAACGGCUUCUCGAGGCAUAUUGGGCUCAACCAUCAAUCGCCAUUUCAUUGUCUACCUCGGCCUCGUUAUCGGCCUCCUCCUCCAACACUCCAAGUACAGCCACAUCAACUUACACGGUGUCCAACAGUGCAAAGGGACGAAUCAUACGGUCCAUGAGACAAAGUAUGGACCUCUCGAGUUCUGGUCGCCGGUCUGAAAAGGUGCAUCGCUUCCUUGCAUCUUUCCAUGAAGUGAGCGCUGUAAUGGGAUACAUCAUAAGCCACGGAACCACCCAUUUACCCAACUUGCCUCCCGAACUUAUUGCGCACUGUGGAAAACCACCCAGUAAUGAUGUCACCCUUUCCUAUGUUUUGUCCGCGUCGUCUUCUCCCAUCGUGUUAUUCACAAAAUAUAACCCUACCAUGAAAAAUCCGCUCAAAUACCUUGAUUUCUGGUCCACUUCGUUCGACGAUUCAUUCCGCGUUGUCGACAAGGCUUUAUGGACCGCCAUAGUUGCCGUGAUGAUGGGUCAUCUUGAUGCAAAAGCUGCCCUUCGUCGAUUCUUCAAUGAAUCGAGGGAGGUUUUGAACCUUGAAAAAGCAAAGUCGCUUCUUGAGAAAAGCAUGAAGAGAAAUUUGCCGACGGAAGUUAUCAGCAAUGAUGGCCAGGCCACCCAAGGUUCCACCACCUUUCCCGUGAAAAAGAGGCGCGACUUGAGCGGUCGACCACUGGUUCUGCCUAACACUCUAACGCCUGGUCGUCCGGACGCAUCGAGGAUGUCUGACUCUACUCAACGUGAGCCCAUGUUAGUGAAAGAUGAACCCAUGGAUCUCGAUGAGCCAACGCAGGACACGCCUCUAUCAAGUUCAGCAACAACACUACCUCAGCCGUCCAAAUUGAGUUCCACUACGCUAGCCCCAAAAAAGACGGAUAUGACCACCAAUAACACAGGUCCAUCAAAGUCCAGUUCUACGAUGUCGACAAGCGAAAAAACUCAUCCCUUGAGUUCCUCGAUGACAGCAACGGACAAGUCAACAGCAACCCAAAACCAGACGAGUCGCCAUAAUCCUUCUUUCACGAAGUCCCAAAAGUCACCAGUCAUGACUACGACGCAACCCGUUACCACAUCCUCUCGUCAUCCUUCAACGGCAUUGAGGAGGAAUGAUGCACCAUUCAGAGGGGACUGGCACGAGAUCAGGAAACGGGAAGAUCGGUUGAAUGAUUUUUUGACUAAUCACGCUCGGUCUAUGGCCAGAGUCAUUUAUUGGUCUAUGCGUGAGCUCGAAGAUUGGCCCAAGGUCGAUGAUGUUGGUGCCGUUAAGUUGCAUAACGUAGGGGUCGUGUUUGCAUCCGAAUCUGUCAGCUACCCCGUAUCUGGUAGUGAAACAAUUCAUCACUACCGAUCAGCUGGACAUAGUGCCGACGCAAGUACCUGGUUUGAAAACCUAUACAAACGAAGUGAUGUUAUCAAGGCCACUCCUAACGCCAACCAAUCUCUCGUCCUUUAUGACAAGGAGGCGUUCAGGACCCUCGACACCUCUCGCUUGCAAUCUGAUUUUCGGUCACACCACAUCCUCAUCACCAACAAGUCUUACACCGCUCCCAAGUUUAAUAAAGCCGCCCUCAUCAACGUUCUCCAUUCAGAGUCAAAGCCAUUCCCCAUUAUCUAUUAUUCAGAGCCGCAGAAAACACCAUUCUAUCAAAGGGUCAAAGGCUUGUUAGAUCAAGUCGAAAGCGAUGACGGUACUUUGAAAAAAUCGGGGAGGAUUUACACCAUAUACAAAACUCCAACUAUGGAUGGUCCACUUCCAGAUUUACGCAUUGCUACUGACAUUCAAGCAUUUUAUGUCACUGUUGACCGACCACUUUGUCAUCGCCGAGCAUUUCCGAUCUCUGGUACCCAAUGGGCUACCAUAUCCACACCUCACGCCAUCCAAGGAUAUCAGGACGGUGGUUUAGGAACUUAUAUUUAUGUUGAAAUAGGGUUUCUAUUUCUCUUCAUCGCCAAAUCGGAUACCGACGAUGAAUUCCCCUUGUGCACCAAAUCCUUUGACCAACAAACAUUUGAUGUAGCGCUCCUUGCCCCGGGAAGCACCAUUUAUUUACGGCCCAGUACAGUCUGCUAUUCUGUCUCGUCAACCGCAUGCGUCAUCAGGGGCGGACAUUUUAUGAGCCGCUCCACCUUGCGAACGACGGCCCUCGGAAUACUCAGUACUUUUGACACGCUUUCAGAGCAAACCACAUCCUCUCUUGACAUGAUCCGGUACAUAGUUACCAUGUUUCAUGCAAAUUGGGUCAUCAAAGAUGAAGAAGAGCAUCUCGUGGACCAUUUACCUGAUAUUGAAACGUUCGACGGCAUCCUUGAUGUCUUUCACAUCUGCAUCAUCGCCGAGAUGGGAGCCGUUCUAUACUCUCCACGGUACCAAGGAGAUGUGGUCAACUAUUCAGUCAAGCACCGCAUGUCAUUCAUCCACUGCCGCGCGCUUGCCCACCAAAUCUUGCGACACCUGGAUACAUCGUAUCAAUUAACAUCCUUGUCUGGUCAACGGAAUGAAAUAUCAACAGUCUACCUCAAGUUCCUCGUGCAACAAGUGCAAGUGUUUUGGCUCCAACAAACCAAGACUCAUCCCUCCUCAAACAACGCACAUAUGUUCCAAAAGGACCUGGAUGCCAUUGCCGAGGCUAUAGCUCGUUGUUUCCAUGGCAAGGAAUGGUUCUGGAAGGUUUGGGCGGAGUGUAAUCAACCUGAGGAUCAAUCCUCGCUUAGGUAUGGGUACCAUGGGGAGAAUUAUACCGUUGUCCCCCCCAUCCGAAUCAUCCAGUCGGGUAGACCGAUAUCUCAAGAACUACUCGACUCGGACAAAGAGAUGUCUCUCGAAGAGGAGGACGACAAUGAUCAACUUGCUCUAGAAAUAUGGAACCGUAUGGCGGAGAUGAAGGCCUGGGCCAAAACACAAAAUGAAGCAAAGUAG